AUGAUGCCGAUGCCGCCGCCGAUGAUCGGCAUGCCCAUGCCAGCUGACGACAAGCUGAAGCAGGCACAGAGGGCGAAGGCGCCCGGGGGGAAAGACGACAAGGUUACCACGGUCUUUGUGGGCGGCCUUCGCAAAAGCACAACAGAAGACAAAGUCAUUGGCCACUUUUCCAAGUUCGGACAGGUGGACAACGUGGAUAUCAAGCGACUUCCCGACGGAACUUCUCGAGGGUUCGCAUUCGUGAAGUUCGUCGACAGAGAAUCCGUGGACAAGGUGAUAGAAGCCAAGUCCAGCCACAUGAUAGACAACAAGUGGGUGGCCGUGAGACCACACGGGGGCUCUGCUUUUGCGGCGGCACAGAACGCUGAACGGAGCAAGCAGGCGGAGGAGAUCCGCAAGAAGGAGAAGCACGAGGACGACCUUCAACAGGAGGACUACGAGGAGAAAUGGUCCGAGCGCUACCUGCAGCAGGCCGCCUCCAUGCAGAAGGACGAGGCCGACGGGACCGGGGAGGCCAAGGAAGGGGAUGGAGCCAUGUCCAUGAAUCCCAUGAUGGCCAUGAUGGGUAUGAUGAACCCCAUGAUGAUGGGAAUGAUGAACCCGAUGAUGAUGCGACCGCCCAUGAUGAUGGGCUGCGGUUGCCCAGGCAUGAUGGGCUGUGGUAUGCCCGGUGCAGGCGCCGGCGGCAUGCCGGGCUCCGCGCCGGCAGCCGCGAGCGAGGCCAGCGGAGCGCCUGGAGAGGAGAGCGACACUGCCGCAGCCGCCCCCGUUGGCCCGGGCGCGGCGGGAGGAGCAGCGGGUGGUUCAGGCCCUGCAGCCCCCGCGGGCGGCUGCUGCCCUGGCCCGGCGGGCUGUGGCGGCUGCCCCAUGGCAGGCAUGGGCUGCCCGAUGAUGGGCAUGCCAUGCAUGGGGGGGUGCCCGAUGAUGGGCAUGGGCGCGAUGCCCAUGGGCUGCAUGCCAGGAUGCAUGCCCGGGGGGGCAAUGCCUUGUUGCGGAGCGGGGGGCGCCGCCGGCACUGGCGCGGCCUCCGGGGCCCCGGCCGACGCAGGGCCGAUGAAAGAGGGAGCUCCCUCGGAGCGAUCUGCGCCUUACUGA